CUUCAAGUCAGAACGGAGCCAUAUGAGGUGAACCUGCUUUACUCGCGCUCACACUGGACUCAUUGUGGUGGUCAGCUAACGGUAGCAAAUUAUCUUAUGAUGAUAUCAGUUAGCUGAAUUUGUUUAGCCACCGCAGCGCUUACAACAUUUCGCUAGCUUGCUUGGCUGAUCGGCUUGGCUGAUGUUGCUGGCGGAUGAAUUCGUUGUUUUUCAUAAUGUCGAAAUCGUUCCGUUAUUUUUAGCUAGCACUGCAUGCUAGCGCAGCUAAUAGUGGUAAGCAAAGCGUGACUAAUCGGUCUGUUAGAAACAGGAGGAAUGGAGCAGUGGCAGGACGCGGCCGCUCGGCAGGUCAUCCUGCUUACAGAUCGUGUGAAUGAACUGUUGUCCAGAGGUCUGGAGCUACUGCGCUCCGAACUCGGCGUGGAUUUUGGGCUGAAGCCGGAGCUCAUUCCGCCAUGGAUGAUCCUUUUGCUGGCAGGUACUGGGCUGCUGCUGAUGGUCGCUCUGUGGGCCUCAGUCUGUCGGGGUCUUUUCAAGAAGCGCCCUGUUAUGAGCCAUGCGGACGACGGAAUUGAACUAAAGCGAACUGUCGGUAAACCCGUCAAAUCCGAGGAACCGAAGAAAAAGAAGAAGAAGGCGGAAAAGAAAUCGCAGCCAAACGGGAGAGCUAUCGCUGAGCCACAGGAAGAAGCCAUAGCGUCGGAAGAGAUAGUGCCACAUCACCAACCGCCCCCACCAGAAGUCAAGCCGGAGAAGGUUGCUGAGGUGAAGAAGUCAAAGAAAAAGGCCAAACAGGCUGUGAAGGAGACCAAGACAGUGACUACAGAUGGCAAAGAACCAGAAGAAGGCACAUGGGAAACCAAGGUCAGCAACAAGGAGAAACGGGAGCAACGCAAGAAGGAUAAGAGUUCCAGCGAUGGCUCAGCCAGCCCCGGUGGAGGGGGAACACCUGUGAGUGUUCCCACAGAGCAGCCCAAGGCCUCCACAGCCCCUGCAUCUACCAACCAGAAGAAGAAAAAAGGAGAAUCCACAAAAGUGAAGCCUGAGAAGGUGGAGGCUGUUGUCUCUAAAGUUAACAGCAACAAUGCGGUGGAGGUAUCCUCUGCUGUACCUGAUGUGCCGGUAAAGAUUCCUGCUCAAACUGUUGCUCCUAAGACUGCCUCCUGUACCACCAGCAGGGAACCACCACUGUGGAAGACGGGGAUCAAUGAGGCGUGGACUGUGAGUAAAAGGGGAAUGCCAACAACCCAGGUAAAUCUGAUGUCUUUACCGAGUCUGGGAAUUGGUACUGCUGAGCCCAAGCCUGUGAACGACCUGCCGUGGAUCAGUCAGCCCAGACUAGAUGAUGAGUGGUCUGGACUCAACGGUGGUUCUGUGGACACCAGUUCUGACUGGAACGCCCCCUCUGAAGCAUGGGGCAACUAUGAAGAGCCCACCCUCGAGCCUCCUCCGGCACAGGAGCAGCCCCUCCCUGAGCCAGCCAAGGUUAAUCUGUUGAUCGGAGUGACAGAGGAUGGUGACGAUGAGAAGGAUAAGGGAGUGACCACUGCUGAUGGAGCGGCUAAAACUAAAAAGAAGAAAAAGAAAAAGAAGAAGGCUGCUGAGGAGGGAGGAACAGCUGGUCAGGAGCCAGAGAAGGAAACGGCACCUGCAGCCUCAGUGAAGAAGCAGCCACCUGUUCAGGAGAACGCUGCUGCCGUCCAGCCUGUCAAAGCAGCUGUCGAGGUGAGAGCAGAGCGUCCAGUGAAAGACAACAUAUCCCAGAAAUCCCCUGUCACACAAGUGCCACUGAAGCCAAAUGAAGGAGAACCAACUGCCAAGCAGAACAACCUUCCUGCUCCGACACAACAAAAAAAAAACCUGAGGAGAGCCAAGCGCCCAAACCAGCAAAGAAGAAGAAGGCGAGGAGAGAGACAUGAGACAGAGUCCACUCUGCAGGCCUCUGUAUGCAAGAGACUUGAUACUCUGUUUAUGCAACACCUUUGGUGGCAGGAACUCUGAACAAAGAUCUUGUCGAUGGACUCUACCUUGAAAACAUGUCUGGAAACCGAAACAACUUUUAUACACAUCCACGUGUCAGCAGGCGCAUCGUUGAAAACUGAAACUAGAUGCAGUGCAAUCUAAUGUAAUGCGGUGUUGAUGAUUUUUAAGUAUGCAUUUGAUACUGAUUGUGUCUUCUAAUUCCACUGAAUCCAAUAACUGAAGGAGCUGUAUUGUAGUAAUUAGACGUGUAGAAAAUACUGAUCAUGUUUAGAAGUGUGUUAUCGUGGUGGCUAUCGAACGCAGAAUUACUGUGUAGAGAAUGCUAACGGUUGCAUCAGGUUACACGACACUAGGCCUUCGCUUUGCUGUCCUUUUUUUUUUUUUUUUUUUUUUUUAUUUCCAUUUUCUUUUCUUUUUUCUUUUCUUAAAUUGCUCUGAUGUUUGUAAGCUGUGUUGGUAUGGCACCGGUGAAAAGAGCAGGAAGAUCAAAUGUUUGUGUCAGCGGUUUGGGCUCGACGACAUGUAAACAUUUGUGACAUGAAAUGAGCUGUGAGCAUUGUGAGACCACGGAAAAGGGACUCAUGAGCCGCACUGUAUUUUUAUUUUACUUAAUUUUUUUUCCAUGUGAUUUCGAACACUUCAUGGACACACUCUCCAUCUGGUCUGUCCCCCUGUCUGUUGUUGUACUGCAGUGUGUCGAGACAACCGUUUCCUUGCUGUGUUUACUGUCUGUGACUGCUCUUAGGAGUGCAGCUGCGUGGAGCCUCUGAUCGUACACUUGUCAUGACAGUGUCAUCAACCUCCUCAUGAUUUUCCACCAGUGAGUGAUUCCGAAGUCUUCAGAACCUUUUGUAAAACCUGUUUGUAACAAAAGAAAAGCUUAAGCCAUAUGUAAAAAGACUAAAUAAAGGCCAGUUUUUCUACA